ACUAAAGGAUGAAGAGAUGAGGAAUGACUCAUGCAUUGAGUUGCUAAGUCCUCAGCUGAGCCUUCUGCAUGCCUCAGUAAAGUGCAAAUAUCAUGUGCCAGCCAAAAGCAGUGAGGUGAUUACACCUUGGCUUUUGUCCUUCCUCUUCUCAACCUUCAUGUGUUCAAAGGAAUAGUUGUCUCCUCUCCAAGACACACAGAGGAUGAGACAACUAUCUCAUCACACAGAGGAUGAGAUGCAGGCUUUGGGAGGAGACACCUGGCUAUGGACUCCUCUCAGUGAGGACUGCCCGUGCAGGUUGCUGGGGACGCCCUUGCACCAAACCAUUUCUGCAUUAACGCUCCUAAGCUCACGUCACAGGCACUCAUAUCAGUAUCAGCUCUCUCUCGCUGCCAGGCACAGGCAGAGUGAGAACAGUAAGGGGGAGGGCAAAAGAAAAAAAAAACAUAAAAGAGCAAGGAAUGAGUCACCAGUCCAGAUAAAUUGCCUCCAAGACUCUAAAAUUAAGCUGAAGAGAGCAGUCCCAGUGGUAUUAUGGAUCUGGCAGCUGUGAGCACCUGUCUUCCUGAUGCAUUGCAGGGACUUCAGAGUAAGAAGUGUUACAGGAUGGCUGCUGCUGCCACUGGUUGCGGGAGGGAGGAGGGCUCAGGGUGCAAUGAUUGGCACUGCAAAAUCCUGCAGUCUUAGGAGGGCUUAGAGAAACUGUGGAGUUGAGCCAGCUUACCACUUCUUGAUGCAGCACCACUUCUGAGUUUCAAAGGCUGCUUCCUGCACUGAGGAGGUGCAUGUGUACUGUCAGCAACAACUAAACACAGUGAAGCCCCUAUGGUACUGUUGUGCUAGGGAAAUUUCUGCAAAUUCAGGUCAUGGUAGGAUAUGAGUAAGGCAAUUAAUUCAGUGACAUCACACAUUAUCCGCUGAUAAUGUCCAGAACAACCCUGGAGGACAUCCUGUGGCAGUGAGUUCCACAAAUGUCUGCGUUUCACCUGGGCUUCCAGAUGAAUUGCCAAGCCGAAUCCAAAGGUAAUGUAAAUUUGUCUAGAAAACUAGAAAUUAAGUGUCUGGUGUGGGCAUAUACCCGUGGAAGAGCAAGGGACAAUAAUUCCUUGAGACUGGGUUAUAGCCCCCCUAAACAUCCUGUACAUUACUCAAACCAAUGAAUUCCCAGUGGAUUAUUACUUCCUUUCUGGUUUUCAAGCCUUAUGUUCUACCUUCUCAGUCUGCCCUGUCCCCCAUCGUGUGCAGCAAUGCAGAGAGGAGAGGCUCACCAUAUGCACGGAACAAAAUUCAUGUAUCUGCCUAUCUGUUGGAGGCUUCCAAAAAAAUUCAAGCAGUUUACACAACCCUCUUGGAGUUGAGGCAGAGCGUGGGGCAGGACUCUGAGCAUUCAGAAAGUGAACUGGAGACCUGAAAGUUAUGACCCUAUGACUGUGCUUUUGCCAGGAAGUCCUGCGAGGUGUAGCUGGAUUGAGUAGAAAUUGUGCUGUUGAAUGGCUAUGUUUCUUCUAAGACAUAAGCUAGGGGGCUCAGUGCUGCAGAUAUCUGCCCUGCCAUGACAAAGAUAGCCACUGGGUGCUGCCCAUGCCAUUCCUUCCCAAGUGAGGCUUCAUCUCCUGUGUGUCUGCAGACAGCAUUGUGGCCAUGAUCUAGGCUAAGGCAUCCUGAAAGCUUCGAAGCCUUGUACUGCCUUCAUCUGUUCACCUUUGAGCAGCACUGGCUGGAAAUAAAAUUGCUCAAGCAGGUUUAGAAGGCCAGGUUUUAGACUCUGGCUGUUUUCAGCUUGCAGAGGUAAGCCCUACUUCUGCUAAGGCAGGAACUGACCAUAGAAACUCAUAACAGCAGUGCUAAAUAUCAAGAGCUGAGUGACUGCACAACACAAGGAGUCACUAAUGUUGGCUGAAGUGCAUGGAAGGGGUGAGGACCACAGUAAAGCACUUUGUGCCAGGAGUGGGAUGGGGAAAUUCUAUUUUCCUUCCUGAGAGAACUACUAACACAAAGAAGCUUGAUAUCUUGCCUUGCCACAGUAGGGCCUUGCAGCAGAGAAGAAAUUAAGUAGGAGACUUUGGUGCUGUUGAACUGGAGCUUUUUCAUAAAUGAGGUGCAAAAGACAUGAGGCUGUGCACGGAGCCAGGGGAGGGGGAGAGUUGAGACAGAUGGCCCCCCUGUUUGCCCAUCUGCCCUCAGCUCCGUCCAUCUGGAGGUGCUGGUAGGGCAGAACAGAAGGGAGAAGGGUCUGUGUGCUCAGCACCCACCCUGGUUUCUAAGCAUUUUGCCAGCCAGGCUUUGACGUGUCCUUGCAGCUCUGAGCUGCACUAGUCCUGUCUGCAGGAUCCUUGAAACAAGGAGUCCCUCUCCUGUGUGGCUGUGGGCAUCUGCAGGGCACUUUGCACUGCCACAGACAGUUGCCUCUGCCUAGGGGAGCCCAGUGGAACCCACCACCCCCUCCUGCCAAGCCGGCUUUCCCACCACACAGCUGCUCUCUGCAUCCUUCUCCUUUUCUUCUUAUCUCCUUCAAUCUCCUUUUCCCGCACUCCCCAUUCCUCCAUCCUCCCUCCCCCUGCACUCGUCCCUCUCCCCUCACCUCUCUCCAGCACCACCCUCUCCCCUUUUCCACUCUCCAUCCCGCUGCCUCCCCCCUCUCCUCUCCGUCCUCCUGCCCUAUCGUUCAUCCAUCCCCUCCUUCUCCUGCCGGUGUCCCCGUGCGUGGCGCCCAUUGGCUGCCGGUAUCCGUGCCCGGGGUGGCCGCGGCUCCGCUCCACCUGCCCGAGCCCGGCGGAGAAGCCCCUUCUCCCGCAGAUGGCAAAGGGAUCGCGGGGCACGGACCCUCCGGCGUGAGGCUGCGGGACCGCGCAUCCCCGGGAGGACCCCGGUCCCGCACCGGUCACGGAUGAUGAGCAGGUCCAGGGAGAAGGACUUGCGCCUCCGGUAGAGCCUGGCAGGAGUCUCUCCUCCCUCUUGGGACAGCUUGGCUCAAUUGCUUUUAAGAAAGUGGAAGGGGGAAAAAUAUGACACGGAUUCUUCCGGUGAAGCAGAGGAAAAUGUACAUCCCAACGACACAUUGCUAACUGAUCCUGCAAGGACACUGUCCCCUGCCCUCUUCCCUGUCUCUGCUAUGGACACUUCUGCUUUCAGCCUCCCCACACCAGCAGUGUCAGAGGAGGGGAAUGCCUCUGGCAGCUGGGCAGGCUUCACCACCCCUAACAGCUCCACUACCGAAACCCCUGGUGUGAUUGUCAGCAGUGUCCUCAUCCCUGUGGUCUACCUCAUUGUCUGUGUGGUGGGGCUGGCCGGGAAUUCUCUGGUCAUUUAUGUGGUCCUGCGGCAUUCUGUGAGUGAGUCGGUGACCAACGUCUACAUCUUCAACCUGGCCCUAGCUGAUGAGCUCUUCAUGCUGGGCCUGCCAUUCCUGGCUGCACAAAAUGCCUUGUCCUACUGGCCGUUUGGGUCUUUCAUGUGCCGCCUGGUGAUGGCUGUGGAUGCCAUUAAUCAGUUCACCAGCAUCUUCUGCCUGACAGUGAUGAGUGUUGAUCGCUACCUCGCUGUGGUCCACCCAGGGAAGUCCUCCAAAUGGCGGACAGCACGAGUGGCCAAAGCUGUGAGUGCAACUGUCUGGGUGCUGUCUUCCAUAGUGGUGCUGCCUGUGGUUAUCUUCUCAGACGUCCCUUUAGGGAUGAGCACAUGCCACAUCCAAUGGCCAGAGCCUGCCUCGGUGUGGAGAGCUGGCUUCAUCGUCUACACUGCCACCCUGGGCUUCUUUGGACCACUGCUGGUGAUUUGUCUCUGCUAUCUUCUUAUUGUUGUGAAGGUUCGUUCCUCUGGCAGGCGGGUGAGGGCUCUGUCCUCCAAGCACAAGCUCUCAGAGCGCAGAGUGACCCGCAUGGUGGUGGCUGUUGUGGCUGUCUUCAUCCUUUGCUGGCUUCCCUUUUAUGUCCUCAACAUAAUCAAUGUUGUCUGCCCACUGCCAGAGGAGCCAUCCCUCUUUGGUGUCUACUUCCUUGUGGUGGUGCUGCCAUAUGCCAACAGCUGUGCCAAUCCUAUCAUCUAUGGCUUCCUCUCCUACCGCUUCAAGCAGGGCUUCCGGAGGGCCAUCCUCAGGCCAUCUCGCCGAGUCCAGAGCCAGGAGGUGCCAGCUUGCCCUGCAGAGAAGACUGAUGAUGAAGGAGAAGAGGGUGAGAUCAGCAAGAUCACUGAGAAUGGUAAUGACAGGCAGGAACACCCUCUAAGUGGUGGGGAAGGAGAAAGGAAUGAACAUAAACAGCUUCCUGAGGAGCCUGUGGAAUGCGAAAAGAGCAACAAGUUGCAUGUCAGUUAUCUAUGAUGAAAGGGAUGGUGCAGGGGAAAGAGACACUAGGACAUGUGAUCCCCUUCACCUUCUGUACUUUUCCACCUCAAAGGCAACGGGAGACAAUGAGACAAGGGAAUAUUAAAGACCAAGAUGCUUAAAGAUGAAGAAGGCUCCAUGAACUUGUGGAAAAAGCAAGGCGUUGUUCUUGCUUUUGGAAGGGACACAUGAGGUUUGUGUGGUACCAGGUAAAGGAAGGACUACAUCCAAGAAGAGCUGAAGAGUUGAGUGGGCAUUGACAGUAUGGAGAGAGCAAGGUCAGCCCUAGUUGCAUGGUCCAUCCUUACAUCUCCCAGCUCUGAAGGGCAUCAGCUGCCAUUUGACUGUGGCACCUCAAGGAAGUGCUCAAAUGGCAUAUAUAACAAAUAGGCAUCUCAGUGCCUUGAUUAUCUUCCUUGUAAAUAUGAGAAGUGGUUUACCCUGAAAGAAAAGAAAAAGGAAAGAAAAAAUGCCUGCAGCAAAGACAUACCAGCGAGUUGCACGAAUGGCUGACCCUUCUCUAGCUCUCCAAUAAGUCUUGGGGAUAAUUUUUCUGCCCCUGCUGGUUGUGACUGGAGAUCCCUUUUGACUGCUCAAAGCCUCUUCUUUCCUUCCAGUCUCAUGGACUCUGGGCAGGCUGAAAACUCUUACAUGGGAGAGCAAAUAGGACAUUGCUUUCAUGAACCUUGUGUUCUUCAGGGUAUUCCUGGUGUCUCUGCACUCUGGUAGAAGAUGUAAUAAGGGUAAAGAAGAAGACAAUGAGGCAUGCGUUGGAGACAAGAUUUCUUAGAAGCUGAGAUGUCCCUUCUCUUUCCCUGUCCCUAAGCCUUAUUGUAAAUAAACAAAAAGCCUUUGGACUUAAAAGGCCAAGUGGGCAGAACCAUUCUGUCUGUUUAAGGGAGGGGACUGCUAUAAAUUUGGCUCCCCUGAGAAUACACAAUAUCUUUGAGAUCAGUUGGCC